CACGAUGUAACGCUGGUGAUGUAUUAACUGGAGUCUCUAUUAAAGGAACCAGAAGUGCGGUUUUCAAAUAGUUUUGAUUUGCAGUCAUGGAUGAAGUAGUAUAUGACUUGUGUAUUGUUGGAGCUGGUCUUAUCGGUUCUGCUGCAGCAAGACAUGCAACUAUUAUAUCACCAGCUGCUAAAAUAUGCUUAAUUGGACCCAAAGAACCUGUGAAUUUUGCAGAAAACCCCGAACGCACCAUCUUUUCUUCUCAUUAUGAUGAAGGACGUUUAGCAAAAACGAUGAUGCCAGAUUUAUUGUGGGCUAUGUUAGAUAACAGAUCAAUAUCACGAUAUGAGGGAAUUCAACAACAAACUGGAACACGCUUUUUCACAGAUGUUGGCUUUAUGAUGAUUAGUGUGAAAGAGGGACAUCAAUACACUUCAGUUAUGAAAGACAUGGCAGUGAAAUUUGGAAAGAAAUUUGACAUUCUUGAUAAAACUGAACUCACUGAGCGGUAUGAUUAUCUGUCGAUGCGCCCAAACGACGAGGCCAUACUUGAGUUAAAUCACGCUGGAUACGUCAGUGGAAGGAAACAGGUAUUAGCACAGCAAACAGCUGCUCGACAGCAAGGAUGUGACAUCAUUGAUGACAUCAUUAAUCAUGUGACUGAAUGUAACCAAUCAACUGUCGACAAUGUGUUAAAGUUGACUACACAUAAAGGCCACAUCAUGCGUGCUAGGAAAGUGCUAUUAACUACAGGUGCCUUCACUUCAUUCAGACAUCUGUUACCACCUGGCAAGGAGUUAGACGUUACAUUAUAUUCUAAGACUCAGGCCUUCGCAGAGCUGACACCAGAAGAUGCUAAGAGAUUGACAGACAUGCCAACUAUAGGACGGAAAUAUACAAAAGAAGGAAAUCAUGAUCUUUACAUGUUGCCACCAAUUAAAUACCCCAACGGUAAAUAUUAUCUAAAGAUUGGACAUGGUGCUAAACUCAACACUGUACUCAACACAGAGAAAGAAGUAGCAGACUGGUUCUGGACUGAGGGACACGCGUCAGCACAUAAACCCCUUUUAGAUAUGAUGUUUGAUAUUGUCAAAGGAGUGAAGCCUGUGUCAACACAUGGUGGUUCUUGCGUUAUAACAACUACACCGACUGGCCAUGUGUACUGUGAUAUGGUGACACCUACACUGGGAGUGGCAGUUGGUGGUAAUGGACAUGGUGCUAGUGCAGCUGAUGAGAUUGGGAAUAUGGCUGCACGGAUGAUAAUUGCUGGGAAAUGGGAUCAUGAUUUGUCUCCUGAUAGUUUUAGAAUCAAAGGUAACAAAAAGCUGAUUAUUGAUCGUCAAAUUUAUUCCACAAGUGUUCGAUAUAGGUCCAUUAUACAAUGCGAUGUUUUACCAGGAGUGAAGCCUGUGUCAGCACAUGGCGGUUCUUGUGUUAUAACAACUACACCGACUGGCCAUGUGUACUGUGAUAUAGUGACACCUACACUGAGAGUGGCAGUUGGUGGUAAUAGACAUGGUGCUAGUGCAGCUGAUGAGAUUGGGAUUAUGGCAGCAAGGAUGAUGAUUGCUUGGAAACUGGAUCAGGUUUUGUCUCCUGAUAGUUUUAGUGUAAAAUUCAAAAAUUGCUGUGAUUUAAAAGAAAAACACGCGAUUGGGAGUGGCUGA